GGAUACUUGUAGGAAGCUCCACUUAUGGCUUCGUACACUCUGUUGAUUAUACUGUGCAGCACUUUUAUGUUUUUCUCCUUUUUCAAAACCAAACAUGCUAAGGCUGCACUUUCACAGGAUGAAUUUGGAGCAUUAAAGGCAGUUGCAAGCAAACUGGUAAAAGUAGAUUGGGAUUUUAGUGGUUAUCCAUGCACAGGCACUGGCUUUAAAGGACUCACUUGUGAUUCCGUCAAUGGUUCUCAUGUUACCAACAUAACACUUCCACAACUCAAUCUUGAGGGAGAGCUUUCACCAGAGUUGGCCAAAUUGUCACACCUUAUAGGACUGAGAGUACAAAAUAGGGUCAAAUCAACUACUUUUCUACUUUGUUUCCCUUGUUUCAUUCAUUUGACUCGAUCAUCUAAGGGCUAA